AUGGAUACGACGAGCAACCUUUUUACCAAGGACGCUACCGUCUCCCACAACAUCCCAGCGUUGCGCGAUUUGGACGCGUUGCCGGACCGCAGUCUCCCUGAGAUGCGCCUGAAAGCUGCCGCAUCUCCAUCUCGCUCCCGUCGGGCAGCCUCCACCGACCCAAAAAUCAUCACCAACACGCUCGACGACCUCUACAGCUAUGCCACCAUCCACUGGAGUGGGGAUAGCAGCCCCAACGUCUUCGUGCUCACCCAGCGCUUUGGCAGUGACGGCUACGCUAGCGUCUCCAAUGUCUACCGCUCCACCGACUACGGCGUCUCCUACUCACUUCUCAACACCCUACCCUCAAACGCCGUCGUCGACUACCUCGUGCCCAGCCCCCUCUCUGCCAAACACGUCAUUUUUGUGGGCCAGGCUGCCCAAGCCUUUUACAUCACGCAGGACGAUGGUGAUAGCUUCACCACCGCUAAGCUCAGCUUUGAGCCCACUGAACUCACCAUGAACCCCAACAUCGAUGGCCUCCUCUUCGCGCGCGACAAUACCACCCAGUUCCUCUACGUCAGCAAAGACCGUGGCCAAACCUUCAGCCCGGCCUUGACCGACGGCGAGCAAGAGCAUCGCGUCGUUGCCGCCUACUGGUCGCGCGCUGGCUAUGGCAGCGAUAAUGAUGAUACGUUGUAUCUCGAACUCGACCAGUCCGCCACCAGCACCAUCGCACACGUCGUCCGCAUCAACAGCGCCCGCGCCGCCGUGAACAACAACGCCGCUGACUCUGGUGAUGACAUUGGGCAAGGCCUCACCGGCAUUGUCCCGGGCUCCUUUAUCCUUGCCGAUGCCUACUGCAUGUUCCAAACUGGCCCUGCCAAUAAUCGCUCCCUCUACGUGUCGUACAACCGAAGUGCCUUCCAGCUCGCCGACUUUAGCGGCGGUGCGCCAGAAGCCAAUUAUAUGGUGGUCGAUGCUCUCGAGGAUCAGAUCAUGGUUGCCGUCGAGCACCUCAACAAAAGCAAUCUGUACAUCUCCAACCGUCAAGGCCUAGACUUCACCCUCAGCCUUGAAGACGUCAACUGGUUCACCGCCUACAGGACCGCCUACGUCGAUGUCAAGCCCAUCGAAAGCCUCGAGGGGGUCUACGUUGCAACGCAGCGCUUUGCUUCGGGGGCUCACGUCUACCUCCGCACCCUCAUCACGUACGACAAGGGUGCCCGCUGGCAAUCCGUCCGGCUUGAUGGUUGUGAAGGAGACCAAGACGCUUGCGGCCUUCAACUUUACCUGCAGUACACUGGCCUCUACAAGGGGUUUAGCUUCGAGACGACAGUCGCCACUCAGAGUGCCCCGGGAUUCAUCCUGGCCACCGGUAACAACGGAAGCCUGCACACCGCUGACAGCGGCACCUACGUCUCGCGCGACGCAGGCCUCACUUGGUCGAGUGUCGAGGACGAUGCUUAUCAAAUGCUCAUCCUUGAACACGGUGGCGUCAUGGUCCUCGUUUCUCCCAUUGACAUUCAGCACGCCAGCUCCGUCAACGAGCUCAAGUACUCCAUCGAUGAAGGUCGUACCUUCAACAACGCUGCCGUGCCCUCGUCCUUGCACUUUGCCGCGAUCCUGACCGAACCCGGCGAGACGCGCGCCCUCCUCACCAUCUGGGGCUAUCCCAAAAGCGGCUUCUCACGCAAAUGGACCAUCGUCUCCGUGAAUUUUACCGCCAUCUUUCACCGCAAUUGCAAUUUUCCUAGCGAUUACGAGCCUUGGACGCCCCGUGACCCUGCCUCGCCGCUCAUGUGUGACCUGGGCCUCUCCGAGGUUUUUUGGCGUCGCACUGCCAAGGCUGCUUGCCUCAACGGCUAUGACUUUGACCGCCCCACCAAUGUGUCUGCCUGUGAAUGUGUGGCCGAAGACUUUGAAUGCGACGAAGGCUUUGAGCGCACGGCCAUUGAUCAACCCUGUGUACCCGUGUCCAAUAAAGCUGCAAAACAGUGCACCCCCGGGGAGACGGUAACCAUGUCCCGUGGCUAUCGCCGCGUGGCAGAUGAUGGUUGCACGGGUGGUCUGGCUGUGCUCAUCGAGCCUGUAACCUAUAUUUGUCAAAACUUUUGUCCUGUGAGCGAGUGGACCGAUUGGACCAGCUGUGACCUCUGCGCCGGCGACGAGUUUAGCUUCCGCCGCCGUCAAAAGCUCGAUGUUACCGUCGACGAUGAUUUGUGUCCCUGCCUGACGGAGAGCCGAGCUUGCCCUCGCCCGUCUCUCUCCUCCGCCGUGGCCAUUGUCCCUCGAGUGGCCCGAUUCGCCGUCGACUCUGAAAUUAUUCUCACUUCCAGCCUGGCCACGCAAAGCCCCGCCUGCGCUGCUGGGACCACGGUCUUUGGCCUUGUUACCUUCCAUUGGGAUCUUGGCACGACUGCCGUGCAAAUUCUCAAUGGUGCGAGUGACUCGCGCUCAACGGCCACCGUGUCUGACCUAUCUAUCACCCAACCUGGCAUCUACUCGGUCGUUCUUCGCGUCAACAAUUCCCAAUCUGAGGGCAAUGCCACCAGCACUGUGAUUGUUUACGCAAGCUACGUAGUUAUGGGCAUGACGUAUGAUGCCUCAGGCAUCACUUCACUCGACGCCGUGCGACAGUUGCUGAUUGAGCAAUUUCCCGUCCUUUUGGAUGCAGCCAGUGUUCAGGAUGCUGAAUUGGUGGACCAGGUUACAGUCAGUCAGAGCGGUCAGCAACUUGUGGUGGAAUUCCGGGUCCUCGAUGCUGACGGGGCAGCCAACUUUGUGGAGCGGCUCAGCGCGGACAUUCGCAAGUACGCCGAACAGGGCAAGCUCGACCUCACCUACGCCAACCACCACAUUGCGGCCCAGCCCACGACGCUUCACGUCGUUUCGGGCGCUACCAAGGGGGCUGCAACGCAUGGUGCGGGUGCAUACACAACAUCACCCAAGCCAACCGUCAUGGCCAGCCGCGAUGCCUCUGGCAACAAGUCGCUUGUAGGAGCCGUGGUGGCUUUGGGCCUGAUUAUUUGUCUGCUUUUGGGCGUGGCUGGUUUCAUGAUUCUGCGUCGCCGCUUGCGCAGCAGCCGCACCUACAACCGCUUGGAACAACGGGCCAAUGGAUUCGAGGAUGAGUUGGAAGACAAUGCAGAUCCAGAGCAUAUGCCAGCCGGAGUAACGGCCAAUAAUUUGUUCCUCGGAGAGCCCCGGGCGCAAGGGGACGUGUCUGUACACGAAAACGAUUAUGACGAUGAACUUCUGGACUUUUAGCUGGCAGGCUCACCGUUGUUUUUCAGAAAGAGCAUUCUGCUCAGCU